AUGGAACCAUUAUACGCGGCUGGUUGUCGUGAUUACCCGGACUACAACGAGUGCGCAUUGUUUAUAAAGCUAGCCACUUUCACACCGGCUCAGGGCAUUCUCACCUUCACAGUCAUCUGCGGCUUUCUAAAUCACUAUGUCUUCUGUUCUUCCCGGCUUAGGACCAUCUAUGGACCUAAAUAUCUGGCGCUGGCGCGGGACGAGCAGCGACGCGUGGGCGUUCUGCACGUGGGCAUAGUCAUGAAAGUCACUGCUUUUUGCCUCCUAGCAACUCCUCUCUAUUUCAUCCAACUGCGAAACCACACCUGGUUAGAUCCAGGCCCGAUCCCUUGUUUGACACUUGCGGAAAUGGCGGCUGGAGCAAUAGCGUCUUUCGCGGCACUGAGCCUGUUCGACCUAAUCUACAGUGACAACAUCAAACUAGUUUAUGUCCUGCAUCACUUAGGUCUCCCACCGGUGGCUCUUCAAGGGCUCUUUGUUCUCCAGGCAUUGUUCACGGCAACAAAGGUCAAGACGGCACAACGGAUUUGGGCUGUCUGCCAACGCCAGGCGCAAGCAAGUUUGCUCAAGCACCGGAAAUGCAGCCCGACCAUGCGGGAGAAGGUAGAGGCCGGUUGCAGUUUGUGUAAGUAG